AUGUGGCGAUCAAGAAACGGCGCCGAGAGCGCCAAAAUGCGGAAGAGAUGGAAGCCCGGCGCAGGAGGAUUGAAGCAGAGGUUCUCCGUGACCACGUCGACCUCCAGGUCGAACGAAGAAUGGCGGCUGAAUUUGGGGCCAUCAUACACGGCCACAAGCCAAUACAGAGGUGGUGCCCGUGGUACCCGUGGCGGUGGCCGUAGAGGCCGCGGUGGUAGCCGCGGUGGCCGUGGAAGUGCUCGGGGAGGUGAUGCACGUGGAGGUACCCGGGUGAAAUUGGCCCGAGUCACGCCCGAAAUGUGGCGAUUAAGAAACGGCGCCGAGAGCGCCAAGUUGCCGAGGAGAUGGAAGCCCGGCGCCGCCGGAUCGAAGCGGAAGUCAUCCGAGAGCACGUCGACUUACAAGUCGAACGCCGCAUGGAGGCGGAAUUUGGGGCCUCAUACAAUGCCCACGGAGGUAGUUCCCGUGGCGGUGGCCGUAGGUGGUGGUGCCGGUGAUGCCCGUGGAGGUAGUUUCCACGGGGCCGAUGUGGGUCCCGCCCAUUAUGGGGUCGCCCUCCUAGACGCCAAUGAAGACGCUGGCCCCGAACCGCCCGCCGCUGGCAGAGCGGGUGAGGAAGUAGGGAUUGAGGCUGCCCCCGCCCCUAAAGGCCCUAAGCCUCCUACAGGAGAUACAAACGACUUUGAAAUUCAGAUGAACUUCGACGAGUAG